AUGGAAGAGGGUGGUGAAAUAAGGCCAUUUUAUUACAAUGAAUGUAAUAAAGAUCACUUAGCAACCGCUAAAGGUUCGUUAGAAACAAGAGAGAACAACAAACAAUGGCUAGUUUGUGGUUUCAAUGGAUUCGGACAAUUCGAAUUUGAAAAUAAACGGAAAUUGACAAAUUUUGAAGAAUUUCAGUUACCAUUAAAUGAAAACAUCGCUGAUGUAUUAGUGGCCUGUUCAUGGAAUUGUUUAGCUAUUGCUAAUGGCUGCUACCUUUACUUACAAGGCUUCAUAUCAAAUUCCCCAAAAACCAUUAAAUCUAUAAAGACAUAUAUUCCUAUUAAAUCUAUAGAUAUAUGUGAUAAGUUUUGCUUAGUUCUGUUGGAAAAUGGAAAAGUAUAUAAGCUACUACCAGAAUGUAAAGACAAAUUUAAGGAAAUUACAUUUCAAACUAGUCUAACAGCAAUAGCACCACAAAAACGAAAUAUAUUUGGAGAUUGCAGAUCAACUAAAACAAUUUUGAAAAUAGCUCAUAUUGCUUGUGGUAAUAAUAUAACAAUUGCUGUUAGUACAACAAAUGCUGUUUUUAGUGGAACUACACAAAUUUUUCAAUUUCCCAAUCAUCAACGUACAAAACAAUUAAAAUGCGGCUUUGAACAUUCGCUAUUAUUAACAACAAACGGCGAUAUUUAUAGUUGUGGUAAUGGUUUAAGGGGACAAUUGGGCCUGGAAGUUUUACGUAUAGAGGAAACUCCAACUCUAAUUGAAGCUUUAGCUGGUAUAAAAAUAACUAGUAUAGCAGCUGGUGGUUGGCAUAGUGCGGCCAUUUCGGCCUUUGGCGAUCUAUAUACUUGGGGAUACAACUCGAAUGGUCAGCUAGGUUUGCGCCUUUACAAAACAGCUGCACAAACCCUUAAAGAGCCCACAGUAUAUCAUCUACCUCAAUUACUAGAUUUAGCCACAUGUCAGUGUGGCAAAAACCCAAAUGAAGAUGUUAUAGAUUCAAAUUGUAGUCCAUUAAAAGUAGUAGCUGGUGGACGUCACACAAUAUUGCAAAUGAGUUGUGGCUCCAUAUAUGCUAGUGGUUGGAAUUCUUAUGGUCAGUUGGGUUUAACAAACUUUCAAGAAUAUUGUGAUCAGUUUAAAUUUGUAAUUAAAUUAGAAGAUGUUAGUAGUAAUGUCAACGAUAAACAAAUUAUAUGUGGUAAUUGGUGUACUCUAAUAAAAAAAUAAAUGUCUUAAAUACAUAAGUUA